GAUAAAAGCUCAACAUUAAAGGGUUGGUGCUGAACUAUGUACAUGUACAAUGAAAGUUUAGGCUACAUAUACAAUAAACGUAUACAUGUACAAUGUGUGGCAUGGUGAUGGGGUGUGGUUCCUCAUCAACUUAUGGGACAAGUGUAGAUCUUGCUACUGGGCGACACAUUAGAAUAAAUGUAAUUGAGCCUACGAGUAUUUGCGAAGGAAGCGAUAUAGGAUCUACAUUCUAUCACAACUUCAAUAAACCAGGCUCCAGCCAUAAUCAAAGCCAAUCACAAGGUCAUACUGUGUCACAUGAUCAACGUGGGUUAACACGAAAACAGGGGAGCGUAUCACAAAUCCCCGAAGAAAAAUCAGAUGUUACAAGUACUGAUUCUGUACCCAAUGCUCAUAAUUCUGAAUCAGAGAAAAAACUCCAUAAAACUGGUAGUGAAGAAUUACUAGCCCAGUUGACAACCACCGUGGAAUCCCCGCCCAGAGUGAAAAAUAAAGUGGCGAAAUAUUCCAGUGGAAAUGCUUUCUUACUCGACAAAGUCGUCCCAUUAUUGAACUCAGAAAGUGCUCUUAAAGAAUCAGGCUCUAUUCUGAAGGCAAAUGAAAAGAAUGGUGCUAAAAGUCCAAAUCAAGGAGUCAAUGGAAUAGUAUUAACUUUAUAA